GAGUGGAGGCGGGAGCCGGGCUGGCGAGCGGAGGAUCCUCCGCGGGAGGCACCGCGCGGGGCCGAGUGGAGACAGAGCGCGAUGGGUCACCGUCUGCCCGUGUGGCUGUGCGCCGUCGCGGCGCUGCUCUCGGAGGCGCAGGCCAAGGGCACAUCGCUCCUCGCACGGCCAGCACAGCCCGGUGCCUCCCGCUACAGCCUCUACACGACAGGAUGGCGUCCUCGGCUUCGCCCGGGGCCGCAUAAGUCCCUCUGUGCCUAUGUGGUGCACAGGAAUGUGACCUGCAUCCUACAGGAGGGAGCAGAGAGCUAUGUAAAGGCUGAGUACCGCCAGUGUGGGUGGGGGCCCAAUUGCCCCUCCACGGUCAGGUACCGCUCUGUGCUCAGACCCAGAUACAAGAUUGGCUACAAGACUGUGACAGAUCUGGCCUGGCGCUGCUGCCCUGGUCUUACAGGAGAAGGCUGCCCUGAACACCUCACAGACCCUGGAGCUACCCCACCACACCGAGAGCCGGAGCCGCAGACUCCCUCAGGGCAGCAGGUCCCAGACCCCAGGCCUUCUUCUUACAACAGAGAGGCCCCAAGCCCCCAUGGAAGAAAAGGCCAAGGGCUGUUUGGCGAGCGUCUAGAACAGCUGGAGGGUGAUGUUCGGCGCCUGUCACAAGCCUAUGGCACCCUGAGUGGUCUGGUGGCUAGUCAUAAGGAUCCCAAUAGGAUCACAGGUGACCCCAGAGCUCCUGGUGAGCCUAUAGGCUUUAAGGUCAUCCCCGAGGGCCUGGUGGACCCAGAAGACAGAGGCAGAGGACCGCUCAUACCUCCUCUGAGUGAAAUCCUGAGCAAGGUGACAGAGGUGAGCAACACAUUACAGACCAAGGUGCAGCUGUUAGAUGAGGUGCGCGGGCUGGCCCUCGGUCACGAGGCUCACCUGCAGCGGCUACGGGAAGCCCCACCGUCCCCACUGACCUCCCUGGCACUGCUGGAGGAGUAUGUGGACCAGCGGCUCCAACGACUCUGGGGGAGCCUGCUGGAUGGCUUUGAGCAGAAACUGCAGGGUGUCCAGAGUGAGUGUGACCUGCGCGUGCAGGAGAUGCGGCAGCAGUGCGAGGAGGGCCAAGCAGCCAGUCAGCGCUUGCACCAGAGCCUUGACGGCCGGGAACUGGCCCUGCGGAGGGAGCUCUCCCAGCUGGGCACUCAGCUGCAAGGUCUGACUCUGACUGGCGGAGGCACCUGCUGCGGUCAACUGGCUUUGAUCAGUGCCCGCGUGGACAGCCUUGAGAGGAACCUGCAGGCUGUCACGGAGGCCCAAGGCGGCCUCAGCACCCUGGCUGCAGAUGAGCUAGUGCGCCUCUCUGCUGCUAUGCUCCAGGGAGGUGCGGAGGGGUUGCUUGAGGGUCUAGAGACCAUCAAUGGGACCGAGAAUGGAGCCAGGGGCUGCUGUCUGAGAACGGAGAUGGGGGGCUGGGGUGUCGGCGGCUUCGGGUCUAUGCUGGAAGAGCGCGUGCAGAGCCUGGAGGAGCGGCUGGCAGCUCUGACUGGAGAGCUAAGCCACCACAGCGCCACACCAGACAGAUCAGCACAGCUGCUCAUUCAGACAGAGCUAGCCGUGCUGGAACAACGGCUGGUCUCCCUGGAGACCUCAUGUACCCCAAGUACCACCUCGGCCAUCCUGGACAACCUCGUGGCAGAGGUGAAGGCCUGGCAGAGCCGGAGUGAGGCCCUCCUACACCAGGUGGCCAGUCACACCGCUCUGCUCCAACGGCUCAAUGGCACGGUAGCCGAAGUUCAGGGGCAGCUGGCAGAAGGGACAGGCAGCUCGCUCCAAGGCGAGAUCACUUUGUUGAAGGUCAACUUGAACUCGGUGAGCAAAUCACUCACUGGCCUCAGUGACUCUGUCAGCCAGUACUCUGACGCCUUCUUGGCCGCCAACACAUCCCUGGAUGAACGAGAGCGAAAGGUGGAAGCUGACGUCCACGCCAUCCAGGAACAGGUCAGCCGGCAAGGAUCAAGGCUUCAGGCUGGCCAGAGGCAGGUCUUGAACCUGCGAGGGGAGCUGGAGAAGCUCAAGGCUGGUGUGGCCAAUGUGGCUGGAGGGUUGAGCCGCUGCCGGGACACAGCCCAGGAACUCCAGCACACUGUGGGCCACUUUGACCAGCGGGUGGCUCAAGUGGAGGGAGCCUAUGAGAGGCUGGGCUUGUUGCCGGCCCACCUGAACAAUUGGCCUACUGAGCAGCUGAGGUCCAGGGAGGGCCUGUGGGGCCACAUAGACAAGCUGAACCACACGCUGGCCCAGCACACGCAGGACAUUGCCCGACUCCGGGACGACCUGCUGGCCUGCAGAGCCCAGCUGGCCGAGGUGAGGCCAGGGCAAGCUGACUAGGAUGGCUGAACAGAAUCUAAAGCCCAGAUCCCACCAACCCUGGGAAUAUCAUCCCAGAGACCAACCCCACCCAGCAGCACCUUCCAGCCUUCCCACUGGAUGGAUGGCCUUGGUCCUGCUCCGCGUGACUGUCACAGCCAUGGAAAGCCAUCCUCAGUGGGGCGGUCUGGAUGAUUCAGGGUAACAGUCAAGACAAGUUACACAACAAGAUGCUGUCUCAAAAGAGCCAAGGCAAGCACCUCAUGCCUGAAGACAAAGCUGGACUUCUGACGUGGCCUGCUGCAAAUGUCUGCACUUGCUCUUGUUGCAGACACACUGGCAUUAGCGGUUGUGCAAAGCUUCCAGGCCAAGACUCAGAGAGCCUGUCCACUGUUCCCUUUACCAACCAGGGACCAGUCAACUCUGAAGGCAUUUCUUCCCUUGGGUUUCCAUCCAUAGGUAUGGAAGGCAGAUGAUGCCCAUUGGACCUAUCUGGCAGCUUCAUAGGUGCUAUAUCUGAACCACAGACCAGAGGCCCCCUGAGGUUUCCAACUCCCCUUGUGUCCUUCGGGACAGAACAAAAGCC